ACGGCAUUUGCAAUCUGCUCCUGGCGCAUUCUCCCGCACGCCGUCUGAGAUCCCAAAAAUACCGGAAUCCACGCCUCCAGGGGCGCAGUCUCCUCCACAGUUCGUCUUCCGGCUUCCCUCCCCUCCAUCUCGCUUGCAUUCCUAGGCCUGAAAACCGGUCAUGCAUCCCUCUUUUUCCGAGCAUAGACUUUCCGUGUAAGAUGUUGACAAGAUAUUUUCUGCAUCGCGCGCCUUUUGGGGACUUUGAAAUAGACGUACCAGCAGAUGAGACGGCUCGGUGGUGUAUAACAGACUCUCUCACCACGUCCACAUUGGCGCCAUUUCAGCCAAGUUUCACUCACUUACUAGACAAUCGCAACCCCCCGUAGGUCGUCCUGUUGAAGGUAUCAAGAUGAACGGUGGGCCCAACGGGAUGCCCAAGCGUCCCAACUUUCUCUUUAUCCUCGCCGACGACCUUGGUUUCUCCGAUAUAGGAUGCUAUGGCGCCGAGAUCCAAACUCCGAAUAUCGACCGUCUGGCCGCCGAGGGCGUUCGUAUGCUCAAUGUCCACGCCGCAGCGGCUUGCUCGCCCACGCGCGCAAUGCUUCUGAGCGGAACCGAUGCACAUCUCGGUGGGCUUGGCGUGUUGAUCGAAUACAAGAACAGCGAGAAAGGAGCGAAACGGUGGUCUGGCAAAGCAGGGUACGAGGGAUAUCUGAACAAUGAAGUGGCAACCUUGCCUGAAAUCCUGACAGAUCAUGGAUAUUUUACCGCCAUGUCCGGCAAGUGGCAUUUGGGGCUACGUGCCUCUCAGGGGCCGUGGGAACGCGGUUUUCAGAAAGCAUUCGCUAUGCUGCCGGGUUGCUGCAACCACUAUGGUUGGGAGCCAGUCCAGGAGACCUUCCCCGUCGGUGGUCGGCCAGUCCAUGCUGAGAAGGGCAAAAAGGUUCAAAUAGCACCCAACAAGACGGAGGACCCCGAGGGUUUCUACUCUACCGAUUAUUAUACCAAUCGAUUGAUCAAUUUCCUCGAGACUCGGUCUGACGUCGAGGCUGCAAAGCCGUUCUUCGCCUUUUUACCGUACACCGCUCCCCAUUGGCCCCUCCAAUGCUCCAAGUCGCAACGCGAUAAGUACGCGGGAGUGUACGAUGACGGUCCCUACGCCUUGAGGGAACGCCGACUGAGAAAGCUCACUGAGAUGGGAAUUAUAGACAAGUCUGUUAUCCCGCACAAGGUUGAGACAACCACUCAAGGCGUUGGGGAAUGGGACGACCUUACGCCCGAAGAAAAGAAGCUCUCGAGCCGGGCGAUGGAAGCAUACGCUGGCAUGGUCGACUCCAUCGACGUCAAUGUCGGCAAGGUGGUAGAGUAUUUGAAGAAGACUGGAGAGUACGACAACACGUUCAUAGUGUUCAUGAGUGACAACGGUGCGGAGGGUGCUGCAUUGGAGGCUGUCCCGGUUAUGGGGGACAACAUCAAACGCGCGAUCCACCAGUACUACGACAACUCGUACGAGAACAUUGGCUCCUGGAACUCCUUCACUUGGCUUGGUCCGCUUUGGGCUCAGGCGUCGACCGCGCCUUCGAGGUUGUUCAAAUGCUACCCAUCCCAAGGCGGGAUCCUGGUGCCCUGCGUGGUCAAACCCCCCGCCAAAUCAUUUCUGCCCUCAUUCUCUGCCGGGUCCUUCAAUCGCUCCUUUGCGACCGUCAUGGACUUUGUGCCUACUUUCCUCGAACUAGCCGGCGCCUCCCUGCCCAGUCCGAUGGAGCGAAGGAAAUGUGAAUGCCAGGGCAAGGACACCGCCCCGCGCAAGAUGACGACUUUCCGAGGGAGAAACGUGCAUGCCGUCCGCGGCAAAUCGUGGAUUCCGUUCUUCUCCCGCGGGAAGAGAGCAGAGGACAACGAGAUGUGGGCCAUCCACUCAUCCUCCGAGCCCGUGGGGUGGGAGCUGUUCGCGCGCGGCGCACUGCGGAAGGGAGACUGGAAGAUUGUCCACUUCUCCAAGGAACGGGGAGGCGCGGGCGAGGGCGACGACGGCUGGGAACUUUUCAACGUCGUCGACGAUCCCGGAGAAACCAACGACCGGGCCCAGGCCGAGCCACAGAAGCUCCAGGAGCUGCUGGCGUGCUGGGACGAGUAUGUAAGUGAGUGCGGCAUCGUGUGGGGCCCGGGUGCCAUGGCUCCUGGGCUGGGCAGGGAUGAGGCUCCGGAGUUGUGGGAGGAUGAGAUUGAGCUACAGAAAUCGUGGAUGGGGGCGAGGGGAGGCGAAACACCUGUGCCUUGUCAAUGAAAGGACAGAUUUCCGGGCUGGGGUUUAGAGCAUGUACGAUGAUAUCUAGAUAUACAC